AUGGUGGUCAAAGCAGACCCAAUCGAGCCAGCCACGAAGAGCGACCGCCAAACCGACCGCCAGACAGGGGUCAUCCACGCUGCCAAGUGGCGAGUGCCGCACGACGCACAGUCCAAAAGUGAAGCUAAUGCCGGUGACUGGGAUUUUUUAGUUUUGAUGAUUGAUCACCAGCAGAAGGCAGACAGUACUCUCAGGUUGGAUGAACGAACGCUGGCAACGAUGACCGAGCAGCUCGCACUCGGUCGCCUCAAGUUCGAUCCGUACCUCGUGCUGGGCGUCCCGCGGCAUGCAUCCAACAAGGACAUCAAGCGAGCCUUCUAUGCACUGUCACGGAAGCUGCAUCCGGACGUCGUGCCGGCAGCCGCACGCGCCGCGGCUCACUCGCGCUUUGUCGUCGUCAGCCAGGCCUACACAAUUCUCUCAAGCCCGACGCUGCGACUCCAGUACGACCGCCUCCGCGGCCUGCACGAGUUUCAGCCGUCGAGUUCGUCCUCGUUCCAUGAGGGCUCAAGGGGGUUUUCUGGGGCUUCGCAGUCCUCCGCUCCAAACCCGGGCGAAACAUGGCAGCAGGAUGCAGAGACGUUCAAGCGCCAGGCUGCAGGACAACUCACCGCGCAUCGGCGAUGGAUGACCAAUGGACGUCUGAUUCUCAGCCUCGGAGCGCUCGUGGUCGGGGCGACGGCGCUGCAAUUUGCGCUCGCUGGACGGCAGCAAGCACGUCGGACCGAGUACAUGGACGCGCGAGAUGUGUGGCUCUCGUCGCUGGUUGGAAAAGCUCGCACUCGUGCUGCAGUUGAGCGAGAAGCCUCGAGCGAGGCGGAGCCGUUGUCCAAGUAG